UUCACCACUUAUGUCGGCUUUUUGUGUUCGAGUCAUGACUUAUCCGUGGAUGUGGAUGUUCAUGAAGAAUCCAUGGCAGGGUGCACAAUGUGCCAUUCGCUUGGCCACAGAUCCCAAAUUGAAACAUGUAACAGGCGAAUAUUUCAACGAUUGUGAAAUUGCAGUCUCCUCGCCACUGGGGCAAGACAAAGAAUUGGCCAAAAAAUUAUACCAACAAACCAUGCGGCUUUUGAAGGCAGCCGCCAAAUUGGAAAUUGAUAAAGAAGAGCAAGAGAACGAGAUUGUGUUACCAUCUGCAGAAGAAUCAAAGGACACAGUAUCCGCAACCUCAGCAACAUCAACAUCAUCAGCAGCGGCAGCACCACCACCCUCAUCAUCGUCGUCGUCAACAUCUGCAGAGACAUCAGACGUACAGCAGUGA